AUGUCGCUCAUGGACGAUGAUUGGGUUCAGUGCCAGUCGGCAAAUGCUUUGGCAAAUGAAGUUCAAACAUGGAGUACCUCUAUGUCCAGGUCUCGAGUAUCUACUGGGGAUGGACUCGGUUUUAGUGAAAAUGUGGACGCCGAGGCGAUGACCAGCCUUGAAGUUCUACUCCGCACGGUACAGCAGCUGAAGCUCAAGAGAUUUCGCGUCGAAGAAUUUGGAGAAACUCAGUACAUUGCGGCUGGGGAGACUUUCGUGGUCUCUAAAUGCAACUAUCAAGGAUCUGUAAUCGCCAUAAAGCGCAUUCGAAUCGACGGAGAAAAGUCGAAGCGUCAACAUUUUCUUCGCCGCUUACAAUCCGUUUUACGGGAAGUUUUGAUUAUGUGUCAUCCACCACUUUUACAUCAUCCAAAUAUUGUCAGCUUGUUGGGAUAUGGAUGGUCUACGGUGGAGAUGCAACUAUCGCCCUUUCUUUCCCUGGAGUUUGCCACUGGUGGCUCAUUGAGAGAGCAUCUGAAAGGGCGUCCGCAGUCAAUCAGGAGCAAAUUAAUACUCAUGGGAGACUUAGCAUCGGGACUCAUGGCCCUGCACAGAUGUGGAAUUGUACACGGUGACCUGAAAGCUGACAACGUUGUGAUAUUUUCUUCAUUGGAUCGUCCCUCUCUGUCUCUGGCCAAACUGUCGGAUUUCGGGCACUCCAUCCUCGUGGGCUCAACACCGGAAAAGAAAGCACACUAUCUUGGAACCGCACUGUAUAAUGCGCCCGAGGUGGCUGUCCAGAAAGACCGGUCCAUUCCGAUCGAGCAACUUCAUAAAUGCGACAUUUGGGCAUUUGGCCUUUGUGUAUGGGAGAUACUCGCCGAUGGGAAUUCAUACUUCCAACCUGAUUGGCGAAAUGACGUUGCAUUUGAAAAGCCUCCCUCAUACAACAUCGCAUCAAUCUCUACAAGUUCGAAGCCUCAUGAAGUCUCGGUCGGCGAAGACAAUCAAAAAUCUUUCGGUAAUUUUGAUUUUUCUAAUUUGAAGAGGCUGUCAGUGCAGUUUUUGGAAUCCUUGAAGAUCCCAGGUAUUGGUUUUGAAAAGGCGUUUCUAAGACCACUAUUGAACGGUUCACUCGAGGUAGAUCCCGCCAAACGAAUAUCGGAUUUGAGUCGACUGCCAAUUAUUGGGUUUUGGAAUAAAACCCCAGGGGAACAUUCGCUCCAGUCAAAGCUUGCUACUUACACCUUAUCUGGGGACAUCCGAUACUCCAUCUUCAACAGAGAUGGGGGCCCGUACAUAAUUUGGGAACAACAGCAGCAACUCUUGCAGGGUUUCGAAACCUUGGCGGAAAAGAAAGAGCCCAUGAAGGAUAACGGCUCAGCAGCAUUCCAGACCAUGCUGUGCUACGUGAAUGCAUUUGGAACAUCCACGAACCUAGGAAAGGCUACGCGGUUUCUACACAAGACUCAAGAGUCAGGUCAUUUGGUGGCUCGUAUCCUAGGUUCUCGACUACUAUCUGCAUUCACCGAAGCGCCUUCUCUGUUAUCGGGGGAAUAUGGAGACUGCCUGGCUUCAGGUUUUCGUCUUAUUUCAAGCCAAAAGUCUCCUACAAUUUGCCUGCACAUCGGCAAAACCUCCACCGAAUUCACGGAUUACAUUGCUCUGCGGACUGCUUUCAUCGAUGAAGAAGGUUUUGUCGAAUUUGACCAAGAUGACAUUGCGACUGCCAAUUUGGAACGAAACAAUUCAUCCGAGCGUCAAAAUAUUUUGGAGAUUGCUAUUCAGGAGGGUGACAUUGAUCUCGUUGAUCUGUUAUUGCGAAAACAUGGCUUGAAGCUCAACGAAAUGAAGACAAGGGAGUGCCUAUUAGUACAGGCAGCCCGGAAUGGCCACGGUCCCAUCGUGAAUCGGUUAUUACAGGAAGAUAUUUCUAUCUUUCGUGAUGACUCAAGUUCGUGUCUCCUCCAUUGGCUUUUUUGUUUGAACGACCCUAGUUUGCAUCAAUUGCAACAACAGCUUCAGAGCCCGAGUCGGAAGGAUGAUCUCAAGCGGGCACUAGACCAUGCUAUCACCCAGAAAGUUCCUAUCCACCCGCAGUGGCCAUUCCAGGUAUAUGGAACCCCACUUGCUACUGCGAUAGCCUCGGGGAACAUUUCUGUAGUGAAAGUAUUAUUGGCACUAAAGGCGGACCCAACAGCUUCUGCAUUUUUGAGUAUUGAGGGCGACGUGACUCUACCAGCAUUGACACCUAUCCAUCUUGCUAUAUCCUACCAUCUCCCAGAAGUCGUCAAGAUUUUAUGGUAUGCUGCAUUUGGAGAGAAUGUCAUCACUGCAAGCCAAUUAUCCCGCACCCACGCCUUGAGCCAAUUCCCAAUUGCAUGUGCUUUGAGCUUCAGAAGCAAUGCUGAACGAUUUGCCAUGCACAUGAACAACCAUAGACUGCGCAUACGAGAUAUUAUCCAACUGCUACCAAUCGAAGCAUUAAUUCAGUCCUCCCCCGAGGGCAAAAAUGCACUCACCCAAGCAAUCGAUCUGGAAGACGUUGACACGGUGAAUCUAAUUUUGGAAUGUCAUCCCGAGCUUGCUGCCAGAAAAAUUACCCAGCCAGGGGCCAACAACAUGUUCACGUAUCCACUUCACUUUGCCGUGCAAAUAGGUUCACUUCGUGAAACCGAUGAGUCGAUUCAGAUAUUGGAGUCCAUCAUCAAGCUCGAUCCAACUGCUGUCAAUAGGCUAGAUAGCUCAUCAGCCAAACCAAUCCAUGCAGCGGCCAUGGGUACAUCCACUCGAAUUCUAAACCUACUUCUUGAGAAUGGCAGCACAUGUCACGACCUUGAUGGUAGAGGGCGAACCCCCCUGUUCUUCUGUCGAAAGGCGACUAUGACCAACAGUCUACUGCAAAUUGGCGCCGAUAUCAACCAUCGAGACCAGCAGGGGUUUACUCCUGCCCAUGCAGCCCCAAGCGAGGGGACUGAAGAAGUCUUGGGUGCACUUAUAGAAUCUGGUGCCGAUUUAAGUUUGACAAAUAAUAGCAUUGGAACGCCCCUGCAUUGCGCCGUCCGUGAAAAGUCUCUGUCAAUGGUAGGAAUGCUGUUAAAAGCAGGCGUCGACGUCAACGCGAAAAACACCUAUGGUCGCACCGCACUCCUCGUCGCUACUAGUAUGGACACGCGUCGCUCCGACUUGGUUUCCUUGUUGUUUGAAAACGGCGCGGAUCCCUUCAUAGAGGACAACAACGGCUUGUCGCCUUUCCAUAUGGCUCUUGCCUGGCCAAAUACCAGUAUUCUGAGCAAGUUCCAAACCUUGAGCUCGUUCAACACUCUGCAGUGGGAGAGGAAAAUUGUCGCCUUGCAUUUUGCUGCCGAACGUGCAGAGCCUGCGGCCCUAACCCUUUUUCUGCAUAAAGCCUUUGGAUCAGGACUCAGUACUGACAAUCCUGUCUUCCUAUAUCAUAAAGACGUUAGCAUCGCCCUCCACAAGGCGAUACUGGCUUGUCGUGCAGAUCUGGUUGAAGCAAUGCUGUCGUAUGGUUUCCAAGUCAACAGCCUGGAUUCCAAUGGCAACACACCUCUCCUCAUAGCUUGCCAACUUGGUCGGGACGGCUCUCCUUCCACCAAUACAUACGCUCGCACGCCGAUUUGUGAAAUGCUUCUUGCCCACGGUGCCAAAAUCUACAAGACGGAAGGUCGAGAUAUGACGCCUUUUUUCAUCGCACAUGCCCACAAAGACUACCCGUUAAUGACACUUCUACUUGAACAUGCCCUCGAGCUAGGCAACCUUGACUCAGUCAAAUUAAGAGCCCGCAUGCUAGAGUCAAUCAAAGACCUCGAAAAAUCAUCUCAGUAUCCCGACGAGUCUCGAGCCCUGAUUGGCGAUGAAGUAAUUGACCCUCAAGUCGUCCUGCAAGCAACAACAGAGGGAGAAUGGGAAUUCAUCAUGACAUGCAUCGGGGGACAAUUUAUCAGCAAGGAGGAGCUACGCCAGGUCUUUCGUCGAAGGAGAUGGUCUUUCGGCGUGGAUAGUCUGGACAUGUUACGCUUCCAUUCCGCCAGACGGGAUCGGGAAAUGGUACGCUAUCUUCAUGAGAUGGCAGUUACUGGCAGACUCACCCUGCAAAGAACUUCAGAGAUUGGACAACGAAAUCUGCAGCUUGAGUUUGGGGGUUGGAGAGUAAGUUUAAAUGAGACGCUGUGGCCAAAGAAGAUAGAUAAGCUGUAUGGCGGAGAGAAAGAGGGCUCUCCGAAGCAGAGGGAGCGGAGCAAAAGGUUUAUUCUGAUGUUGAGAAAUUAUGGAGCAAGAGAAUCAGAGAAUUGGGACAAGGAGAUGAAAUGCGGCUGGAGUUCUGACGAGCUCUCUGAUGACUCGGUAUCCUCUGAUGAUGAGUCGGGCUCGGAGGAACCAGGGGAUGGCUCAGGAAUGCAAGAAUCCGGCGGUGGUGUGGGUCAAGAUGAUGAUGAACCGGCCGGCUACGAUGUCAAGUUACCAGUGUCAAGCUCAUGCUAA